AUGGUUCGCCCAGUACACUCCGAAGCUGAGUGUACUUUCGCUCUCAUGUCCGUAGUAGGUGACCGAGUGGAAAUUCGUGGCGAGGGCGGCCCGCAAGCCGACAAGGAGGUGCUGCUUGGCACUGUCCGCUUCGUCGGCGAGGCGGCCUUUGCCCCGGGCGAGUGGCUCGGCUUGGAGCUUGACCGCCAGGUCGGCAAGAACAACGGCAGUGUGAAGGGCAAGGCGUACUUCCAGUGCGAGCCAGGGCACGGGAUCUUCGUUCGCCCGCACUGCGUGACCAAGGUCUCUGAAUCCACGGAUGCCCGAAACGCCAAGGAGGAGGUUGAGACUACAAAAUCCGAACCUUCGUCGCGAUCAGCCCAGCAGGAGCGAUAUCUCGUGGCGACGGUGCAGCCCCUGGCGAUAGAGCUCGUCAGCGACGUGCUGGGUGCGAUGCCGGAGGAUCCGGAGUCCUUCAUGAUGCGAUGGCUCCGCCAACGUGCUCCAAGUCAUCAGGGCGAAAGCAUCUCCUUGCGAGAGCGCAACCGAGCCCUCAAGGAGGAGCUAUCUGCCCUGCAGGGUGAACGAGAGACUUGCGACGCAAAGGCUCGGGGAGUUUGCCCUGAGGCCUUGGAGGCGCCGCUGGUCUCCGAAGUGGGCACGUCGCGUGCCGAGACGGCGGCAGAUCUGACGACAUCUUUGGAGGCCAUGCAGGUGCGCCUUGUGGAGCAAGUUGAGGAGAAGGUGGGGCGCUUGGGCGAGCAGUUGGAAGCGCGGAUGCUGGAAGUUCUGAGCUCCAAAGUUGAGGAACUGGCAGCCAGCCUUCGCGCCGCCAUGGGAGCCGCCAGCACCAAGCAGGCCCCGGGCACUGGCUCCGAGCCUGCCAGCCAGGGGACAGAUCCCAAGACGGAGCAUGCACCGAAGCUGUCCCUCCGUGAGAAGUUCGGCCUCGCGGACUCCAAGUACGACGGGAACAUCGUGCUCCUGGAUCGAGAAGACGGUGCAGCAGCCAAGUACGCGAAGGCGCUGGAGAUCUCCGGAGGGCAGGAAAAGCUGAGGAGCUUUCGGCAACUCAGUACAGAGCUGCAGAAGAAGCACGGGUUGGGCGAGGAGCAGGAAGGUCUCAUUCCCGCCGGCGAGCGUGCCGCACGAAGUGUCAAGGUAAAUUUCCAGCCCUUCUUUCCAACGCUGGAUGAGCUCUUUGAGUUUGCGCACAAGCACAUGCACCACUUCUUCGCCCUUGUCAGCAGGGUCGCGACAAAGACCAAUGGUACCUAUGCAAACCCCCCGUUGAAAGGCAAGGAACGCUGCGAGUCAAAGGCCAGGUUUAAGUACAUGGACAGUGCUGGCAACGUCGAAUGGCACAGACUUACUGACAUCGUUCGAGACACGCUCAGCUACGAGAGCUUGGAAGAUAUGUACCAUGGGCUGAAGCUGAUCGAUGAGGACGAGAGCGUUGAAAUUGUGGAGUUCAACGACCGGUAUCAAACUCCAUUGGAUGGGGGAUACCGCGACCUCCAGCUCACACUUCGAGUGCAAGGUAAGUUGGUCUGCGAGCUGCAACUUACAACAAAGUACAUGCUCUUCAUUAAGGAGUCGAGUGGGCACAGGGUGUUCGAGAUCAAACGACAGCUCAUUGCCGAUGUGGCUGCCAACAGCGAGCUGGAGUGUCGGAAAACACUCAAAUGGGCCGGAAAGGAUGCAGAGGCUGUGCUGAAGGAGAAGAAGAGGCCUUUGCUUCACAAAGCGGCUUCGCAGGGCAACUCCGGAAUGGUGCAGCUUUUCAUUCAGCACGGUGCGGAUGUAGACCUCAAGGAGGAGACCACUCUGCGCACGGCGCUGCACGAGGCGAUGGGCCAAGGCCAUGCCUGUGCUGCGUGGGCCCUGAUCUCGGCGGGUGCUCGGCAAGACGUCCAGGAUGCAGACGGGCAGACGCCCCUCUUGCUCGGACUCCUGCGCCAGCGCGUCUACCCCGAGAGCGAGGCUGUGGCGAGGUGCAUCUCCAUGUUGUCGCAGAGAUUGGGCCUUGAGGAGCUGCGGCGCGCCAGGGAGGAGUUCGGCCAGGUGGUUGAACAUCGCCUGAAGAACAGCUCGGAGCUCGUCAGCGCGGCCUACGACGAUAACGUGCAGAAGGUCGUGGAGCACUUGCGCAAUUGGGCGAACCCAAACAGCGCCACGAACGAUGGGAAGCAUGCCCUGCACCGAGCGCUGGCUCAGGGACACACUGCCGUAGCCAGGCAGCUGCUGACAUACAAGGCGGACGUUUGGUUGAAGGAGAACGACAAGACCGCCUUGGACGUCGCCUUAGAAGUUACAGUGGAGAAGCCCGGGUCUCUGGAGCUCUUGGUCGACCUGCACGAGCAGUACAAGGACUUCAAAAACGAUGCGGGCUUGACUUUCCUGAUGUUGGCGGUAAAGCAUGGCAAUGCAGCCAACAUCAAACAGCUCCUCGACAAAGGCAUGGAGAAGGAUGCCAGAUGCGUCGAUGGCAGCACGGCUCUGAUGCUUGCAGCGAGGGAGGGCAAGACGGAGUCCCUCGGAGUGCUCCUGGACAGAGAAGCCGACAAGGACUGCCAAGACAACGAGGGCCACACCGCGCUUAUGCUCGCCAUGCAUGGUGGCCAUGAGGAGUGCUUCAAAGUGCUCCUUGACCGGGAUGCGAAGAGGGGCCAGAAGAACAGCGCUGGUAAAACUGUCCUUGAGCUGACCGCCGACAACGCGAUUUUCCGGGCACUUCUGGGUCCGACCGCCCUCAUGGAAGCGGCGCGGGACGGCCACGUCGAGCUUGUCAAAGAGCUCUUGGAGAACGGAGCCGAGAAGGAGGGAGAGAUGGAGGGAGCGUCCUCAGGGCUGCAGGAACUGCACCCGUAA